AUGGGCUGGACUAAUACGCAUGUUGAGGCUAUCUUGAACGCGCCCGGCGCGUCAAAAGCCAAAAAAUGCAGAUAUUCUUCAGUGGAAGCCCCUUACGGUCACAAACCUCUACAUUUGGAUUACAACACUCAUCUACAUCGAAAACAACCCUUGACCUUUCCUCCCUCUGACGAGCCUGGGAAUAACGAGCCUCAGAAUGAGGUCGAGUGCAUGAUAUCGCGUGUUCAGGAGUGGGGAGACCUUAUCCAAGCUGUAUCAACGCAGCUUCUUCUUCCGGGCACGAAUCAUCGGUUGAUGAGAUCAUAA